AAAUUUUUAAAUAUUAUAUUCAAAUUUUGAUUGAUCUUAUUUUCCUUCUGAGUAUCAAAUCUACUUUUGGAAGCCCACCGACAUCUAGUCGCCAGAUACAGCAGCGGUGCGUUCCACAGUCCAUGCAGAUGCCAAAUCACAACUUGUAAAGGGGCUGGUAGAAACACAGUAUGGCAGUGCAUGCAAAUAUUUCAAUUUUGAUUAUAAAGGCAUCAUCCUUUCUACAUUUUACUCUGGCUUAUGACUCCAACAAGCACAAAAACAAAACAGGAAAGUCACACCCAGCUGCUGAAUUCCCUCUGCAACAGCCUUUGACAAAGAAUUAAUUCAGGUCCAUUUUUCCUGACGAGCUUAAAAUUUGGCUGUGAGGUUUGGCCACAUUCUCAGACCGGAUUUGAUUUUUGGCCAUGGUGCCUACAUGUACAGCAUAUCUAAUCUCAGACUUGGUGACAGUGCAUUCGAACCAGGUGCUCGAGCUUUGGUGUAGAAGAGACUAAUACCAUUACUGCAAGAACGUAACGAUGUUUGACAUAUCAAAUGACGUGGCCCUGCUUUUUAUCCUUGUGGGCAACGAUUCCUCUCUGCUAUGGGGUGGUCUCAGCAGACAGGCCACCAACUCACCACUGAGGACGGAGAGCUUGGAGCAUCAUCCAGCAGGUGAGGCUUAGGGGUCAUUAACUGAGCGGCGAACUCGCAGCCUCGCCACUUGCAGCUCUACUAUCCAGAAGCAGUGGCAGAAAGCAUACUACUGCUAACAGAAUUAUUUCUAAUGUGAAGAGCUAUGUUUGUCUCACAUGAAAAGGAGGCUUACUCUCCUAACUCAAGUAUGAAGCUAGAGAGCCCUUCCGCACCCCAGUACAUGCCUGGUGCAUCAUCUGCCCCUAGCCAACCCAAACCUGCCCAGCGAACAGCCAGACCCACCCUGCCAGAGGGCACGGCGUGGGAAGUCACUAGUAGCUGCUAUAGGCGGCAGGGCUGGCCGAUCGCAGUGUGCUGCUGCAGUGACUUGGCUCAGUAUGUACAGCGUCUUAUACUCCGUAUAGCUAUCCAUCUGUCUUUUAAUUAGGGAAACAAUCCAUUUAUUCUGGCCGCAGUGAGAGUCUGCCCCUCUCCUUCGCAAGAAGCCUUAUAAAGGAGCCUGGAUGCCUGACAUGCUUAGGGUUACAGUGGAAAGAAAAAAUUACUCAUUUUCAGCUUCCUAUCCUUGUAUACCAGGUUAGGGACAAGUUCCCCGUUCCCUUCUGCGCUGGGAUGCUGCAAACGGAGCAAGAACUCUUCUUGGGGGUGGGGAAAAAAAGCGCAGCCGCGUUUUCCCACCCCUCUGUUCGCUCUUGCCUUUCCCAUACAAACUGCUAUCACAUGCAGGCAGCAUCUGCCCUAGCGCAGCCAGAGACAGUGGAAAGCGCUAAACAACACCUCUGCCCUCAAAGAGGAGAGAAAGCUAGGAGAAAUUGGAGCGGGUCUUCUUGAAUUUUCUGGUUUAACUGUCUGUAAGGGGAAGAGAAAAAUGUCCUUCCCAGUGGACUCUGCCAGUUUUUUACACAAUCAUCCACCACAUUCCACAGCUUCAGUAGAGAAUAAGUCCAAUUGCUGUUACUGUAGCAGAGAUCCGUCGCCCAGUGUCACUCGGUUACACCCUGGCAUUGCAGAAUUCCAGGUCUUGUCAUCCGAGUACAUUGGGACUGUUGCCUACAUAAACACGGUUAACUCCUCUUAAUAUACAAAACACACAGCUAAACACAAAAUACUGCUCCUGAGCUGUCACAGCACAGCUAACGUGCGGCUGCCCAGAGUUGACACCUGGAGUUGGCCAAAUUCUGUAACCAGCUAUUUGCCAGGACCGAGCAUGAUUCCUAUAUGGGAUUCACUGAUGAUUAUUAGUUUUAGACACUGUUUUAUAGCCUGGAGAAGUCUGAAGGGCAGAAAUUGGGCACAUCUUACAUUUAAAUCACCAAACUGGAGAGCGUGCUGAAGGACGUCAGGCAGCCGGAGCAGAAUAUGGGGAGCAGGUCAGAGUUUUCACAUCUGUCUUGAACCCGGAACGAUCAACACUAGGAGGGCUGUUACAGCAGUGCAACAACAGGGCAGCAGCAGAAACGAUAUUUUCUUUCUGUUUUGGUGGCAGUUUUGGAUUGCGGUCAAAUGGAGGAUCUGUGUGUUUAAGGCACCUCCCGGCACUGUGGAGCUCUACUUAAAAAGACGUGGAGAGCAAGGCUUCUAUGUUCCAGGCAGGGAACUUGAGCAGGUGGAAGAGCAAAACAGCAAAAUCCAAGCUCCAGUGCAGCAGGACGUUUGCAAGGCGUUCAGAAGGGUGCUGGUGCCCGAAGAAAAGAAUGAUUGAUGGGAAACAGACACCAGCCUGUAGACACUCAUCCUUUCACUUCGGAUACUGAUUUAUCAGUGCGUCUGGGCAUCCCCUGUGAGCCGUGAACACGGAGGAUCACUCAGGGUUAUCGACAGCGUAGCUGAAGACCCGCAACUUCACGAGCUAUUAUCUGCGCUUGGACAUGUGUUACAAGAAGCCCUAAUAGAGACGGUAUAAGACAAAGGACAAGCUCUACAUUGCUGUGAAAGGCUGUCAUUUGGGGAUUGUGGCUUCUACCAAAGUCUUCAACUUAGUAAAGCAAACACCGUAUACUAAUGCUUCACUUUUGAGCUGGAACCUAUUUUACAAAAUAUAUACGUGUACAUAUAUGUAUAAUCUAUAGACUGCACGUACGCCAGUACCGAGCAUCCUUACGAAGGUGACACAAAAGGAUUUAGAGAUGUAUUUAUCAAGCUUCCUGUCACUUCACGCCCUCUGGGUUACUGUGUCUUCAGUGAUGCAGCAUUAUCCUUCUGUGUGGGGACAUUAUGACGUGUGUAAGACUCAAAUUUAUACAGAAGAAGGGAAAGUAUGGGAUUACAUGGCCUGCCAACCGGAAGCCAGAGACAUGAUCAAAUAUGUAAAAGUGACUCUGGAUCCCCCAGACAUAACAUGUGGAGAUCCUCCUGAGACCUUCUGUGCAAUGGGGAAUCCCUACAUGUGCAAUAAUGAAUGUGAUGCGAGUACCCAAGAACUGGCUCAUCCUCCAGAACUGAUGUUUGAUCUUGAAGGAAGACAUCCCUCCACAUUUUGGCAGUCCACAACUUGGAAGGAUUAUCCAAAGCCUCUUCACGUUAAUAUUACUCUCUCCUGGAACAAAACCAUUGAGCUAACAGAUAACAUAGUUAUCACGUUUGAAUCUGGCCGUCCAGACCAAAUGAUCCUGGAGAAAUCACUGGACUACGGACGAACAUGGCAGCCCUACCAAUAUUAUGCCACAGACUGCUUAGAUGCUUUCCACAUGGAUCCAAAAUCAGUGAGGGAUUUAUCACAGCACACAGUCCUGGAAAUCAUUUGCACAGAAGAAUACUCUACUGGGUACAUGACAAAUAGUAAAAUAAUCCACUUUGAAAUCAAAGAUAGAUUUGCUUUCUUUGCUGGACCUCGGCUUCAUAAUAUGGCUUCUCUUUAUGGCCAGCUUGACACAACCAAGAAGUUAAGAGAUUUCUUUACCGUCACUGAUCUGAGGAUACGAUUGCUUAGGCCAGCCACUGGAGAAGUAUAUGUAGAUGAGCAACACCUGGCACGCUACUUUUAUGCAAUUUCAGACAUAAGGGUAUACGGAAGGUGUAAGUGCAACCUUCACGCUACUGGCUGUAAAGAAGAAAACAAAAGACUGCUUUGUGAAUGUGAGCAUAACACAACUGGCCCAGACUGUGGAAAAUGCAAGAAAAAUUACCAGGGCCGACCUUGGAGCCCUGGUUCUUAUCUCCCCAUACCUAAGGGCACUGCUAAUAUCUGUAUACCCAGUAUUUCCAGUAUUGGUAACUGUGAAUGCUUCGGCCACUCCAACCGGUGCAGUUACAUCGAGCUGCUCAAUACAGUCAUUUGCGUGAGCUGUAAGCACAACACUAGAGGUCAGCACUGUGAGUUAUGCAGGCUGGGCUACUUCAGAAAUGCCUCUGCAGAGCUGGACGAUGAAAAUGUGUGCAUAGACUGUUAUUGUAACCCUUUUGGUUCAGUCCAUGAUCGCUGUAAUGACAGAGGAUUUUGUGAGUGUAAGGAGGGAACAUCAGGGCCUAAAUGUGAUAAAUGUCUGCCGGGAUAUAUCUGGCACAGCUUGGGCUGUCAACCGAGCGUGUGCGACAACGAGCUGCUGCACUGCCAGAACGGAGGGACGUGCGUCAACAACGUGCGCUGCCUCUGUGAUGUGAGGCUGAAACAUGCUGGUGGAAGCACCGCAGUAACAGCUGGGAAGACCAACAGCGCUGGCCACGGGGAUGCUUUGCCACUCACUUUUCAGCGCAUGCGCCUGAGGACCAGUCCUUGUCAUGGCGGUGUUCGCACAGAAGAUGUCAAAGAAGAACGCAGGGCUCUGGGCAGCAGCUGCUCUCCAAAACAUAGCAGUCGGGUGCAAAGCCAGGAGGAAAACGUAAAGGGCUGCAAAGAGCAGCAGGAGAACCCAUUGCUCACCUUCGCCGUGGUGAUCGAGGAGAAGGGCGAAGCAGCAGCACAGCAUUACCGGCAAACUACGUGGCUACGUGGCUGA